CGGCCAACAGGUCGUGUCAGUGGUGUCUCUGACAGUGUUGUGGUGACGUGCGCGUCCAUCCUCCGCUGCCCUCGGAUUAUUUUUUUUUCCUUUUAGAAGUGUGAUAGUGGUGCAGUUCAUGAUCGGUAGAGGCGUGGUGUGGUGAGGGAGGACCCGUCGGCGCUCGUCACCCACCCCACACAGCAUGCCAGCCACGAUGAUGAACCUGUACGAGAACGCGUGUCUGCGGUGCGGCCAGACGGUGUACCAGGUGGACCGCAUCGGUCCGCUCAAAGACUUCAGCUUCUUCCACACUGGCUGCUUCAAGUGCCAAGUCUGCAACUCCAAGCUCACACUCAAGACCUACUGCAACAACCAGAACGACCAGGAUGACAAGGAGGUGUACUGCUCGUCUCACGUGCCCAAGCCGGGCCCGGGGCACCUGGAUGGCGAGGCGGUGGGCAUCAGGUCGGCCCUCAACGUGCCCCGCUCAGCUCAGUUCGUCAACGACCAGAUACGACCCGGAGGACGACCCUCGCUAGACGGGGACGCGCUCGUCCUCAGGUCCCCCUAUACCAGGGGGAGCGGUAGUGGGAACGGCUCUGAGAAUGGCCACAACUCGUCGUUCAGUGACUACAAGUACGGGCGGUUCGACAGCACGGCGCUGCACAUCGCGCACGCCCUCAAUGCCACCAAGAUCCAGCGGGUCUACGACAAGCCCAUCGACCAGUACUUGGAUGUGAACGUACAGAAGCAGAUGGAGAUGGUUCACCGGCUGGAGGAGGACGACCUGUAUAAGAAGUUCGCCAAGCAGCGGGCGGCUGAGGAGGCCAGGAUGGACGACCACCUGAAGGAGGAGUGGGAGACGGAGCUCGAGAGACUUACCACACAGUUUGAGCGGGACCUGGCGACGAAGAAGCGGUCCCGGGAGGAGUCGAAGGUGCUGACGGUGAGGCACCAGAAGGAGCGGGAGGAACUGGAGAAAAACAUGACCAUGAAGAGGGACAUGAAGAAGGAGAAUCUCACCCGCAAGAUGCUGGAGCACGAGAGGGCGGCGACGGCGGCGCUGGUGGAGAAGCACAGCAAGGAGAUGAUGCGACUCAUCCAGGAGAAGCGGUCAGAGUACCUGGAGGAAGAGGAGGAGGAGGAGGCCCUGGAGCACUACCCGGCCCAGCCCCCUCCACCCCUCCCCCCGCCACAGACCAAGACAGACAUCUACACAGAUCCUGAUGAGUUUGCUGAGGUAGAUCAGCUGGCUAUACAGGUGGCGCAGGAGGACCAGAAGACAUUCACAGACCUGGUGAGGAUGCUGGUGGGGCAGUGCAGCUCCGACGUGGAGAAGGUGCGGACCAUCUUCCGCUGGAUCACCGUCAAGAAUCUCAACUCCAUUACCUUCGACGACUCUGCUCAUGGGGACACGCCCAUGGGUCUCCUUCGGGGCAUUAAGUACGGCACAGAGUCCUACCACGUUCUCUUCAAGCGGCUCUGUAGCUACGCGGGUCUGCACUGUGUGGUGAUCAAGGGCUACAGCAAGUCCGCAGGCUACCAGCCCGGGGUCAGGUUCGAGGACAACAGAUUCCGUAACUCGUGGAAUGCCGUGUACGUGGCAGGGUCGUGGCGUUUUGUGCAGUGCAACUGGGGCGCCCGACACCUGGUCAACGCCAAGGAGGUGCCCAAGCCUGGGGGCAAGAGCAAGAGUGACAGUCUCAGGUAUGAGUAUGACGACCACUACUUCUUGACGGAUCCAAAGGAGUUUAUCUACGAGUUCUUCCCACUACAACCAGAGUGGCAGCUGUUGAAGGCAGCCAUCAGCCUCCACGAGUUUGAGGAGCUUCCCUUCGUGCGGUCCCUCUUCUUCCGCUAUGGCCUCUACUUCCCGGACGAGCACACGAAGGCGGUCAUGUACACCGACUCUACAGGUGCCGCUACCAUAAGGAUUGGGAUGCCGAGCCAUAUGCAGUCCUCCCUCAUCUUCCACUACAACCUGAAGCUCUACGACUCAGACAAGGACCAGUACGACACCGUCUCCCUCAAGCGUUUCGUCAUGCAGUCAGUGGUGGGCCAGCUGGUAGCAUUCCGUGUCCACGCACCGUGUUCUGGGGCGCUACUGCUCGACAUCUUCGCCAACGCUGUCACACCACGCGAGUACCUCACUGGGGAACCCAUGAAGUUCAAGAGUGUGUGCAAGUUCAAGAUAGUGUGCGAGGACCUCCAGACUGUCAUGGUGCCCUUGCCGGACUGUGCCUCAGGAGAGUGGGGCCCCGCCAAAGCCACUCGACUUUUUGGUUUAGAGCCCGUCACUCACCAGGAUGCUUUGGUCUUCGCCGGCCGUGACCUCGAGUUACAGUUCCGUAUGACACGGCCUCUCACAGAUUUCAUGGCGACGCUCCACAAGAAUGGCUCUGAGGAAAAGCGGCUCAGCAAGUACGUCAGCCAUCGAGUUGCAGAUGAUGUGGUGACUUUCACGCUGAGCUUCCCAGAGGAGGGUCAGUAUGGCAUGGACAUCUACACCCGCGAGGUGGCUGGGCCCGACACUGGAGGCCCCACGGAAAAGCAUCUUCUCACACACUGCUGCAAGUACCUCAUAAACUCUUCCAAGCGUAAUUAGUGUGUGCGCUCUUUCCUCAUCACCUGCUGCUGCUGGUCGACCUGGUCCUCACCUCCAGGCGUCACCAGGAAUACCCGAUUAAACUGCUGCUGUUGUAUGCAAAAUACACCAUAACUUGUACUUAAAAAUGUUACAAACUCCAUGAACACUACACUCUUUACAGACCUGUGUAAUAAAUUAAUGCAACACUACACUCCCUGGAACAGCAGCAGCAGGCAGCAGCAGGUCGUGCUGCAGUAUCCGUCCACUAAGUGCCUUCAGGCAAGUUUAUUAAGAAUGUAACUGCUAUUGGCUGACCAAGACUAGAGUCUGCGGUCUCCGUCAUUUACUUACAACACUGUUUUAGAUAUUUUAACGAUAUGGAAAAUAUAUUGUACAUAUAAUUAUUGCUACAGAGAUCUUAACUUUUUAUAUAAUUUGUAUUGUUACCAUGUUUCACAGGAAAGUAAUAAGCAUGCUUUUAUUCCAAAUACGUGGUUUGUGACGUUAACAGAAGUUAUUUACAGACUAGACACUAAAUCCUUGCAGGCGAGUUACAGUGGGUGCCUUAAUGACCUUGGCUGAGCCCAGUGUCUGGGUGGUAAUGGGGUCACACUGGCAGGGGGCACCACAACCUCGCCCACUUUCAUCAGGGACCGAUUAUUUUUCUGUCUCUAACGAUAAUGGAAGAGGAGCUAUGUUGGGUUUUCUCAUGGAAGCCUCUUAUUCGAAGGGUCUCUAUCCACUUUCCUCCGGCAAAGAGGAAAACUGUGAAACUAUGAAAGCACACAGUUGUGGUCACGUGCAAUUAUGGAAACAAUUGUUACCUUACUCUGUGAGGUGACUUUCAUAGUGUAAUUCCUCCAGCAACCACAAGAUUCACCUUUAAGAACAAUGUGUGCUGUACACCAAGAUGCAGGGCCACAUGCUACUAUAAAUUUCCCAUUUGUCGUUUAAUGCUGCUGUGAAAUUAAGAGCUGUUGCUGAGACUCCAACACGACAGCCCGGCACUAGAAGUGUUACUAGGUGGCAAAGUCUUCCAUGAAUAUUCCAUUUGCAGUAUGAUAACCAUAGUAAGAAUGAUUGUCACAACGGUUAUAUUUUGAUUAGCGUCGUGUGACAAGCGCAUUUACGUACUAAUCUUGAAAAGCAUUUCGGUAAUAAUUUGUUAAACUCGUUACUUGAAAUGUUAUGAAGUAAUUUAUUUAUUUGGCCUGCAAUAUUAACAAGACAGAUGGCCUAAGUGUAUUGUUUUCAUUUUGGUGGUGUGCGUAAUCCAUUAGCAGGGGAACACAGGGGUGUAGUGUGUGCCGGUGUAUACACGAUGCGACUGGUGUAUCAUCUGUUGUUAACGAGGAAGUGAGGCGAGUGGUGGGUUGGUCACCUUUCAUGAGCACAUCUCUAGCUUCCCGACCUUCGCUGGUCAGAGUAGCAGACUGGCACACGAGAUAAUAUUCAACUAUUAUUCCAAGCAAGUAUCGCAAGGGCUUCCAUUGCUUCAAGGUUGUGUUUAGGGUGAAAGCGCGUUGUUGACAAACGUGCAGUGCAUGUCUGCCUGUCCAGAUGAUGACAACUUUACAUAUCUCCGUCUUGGUUGUGAUGAAAGUGACAGAAUGGGCCUGAUGCACACUGCUGAAUCCUCACCAGCGUAAUACUGUACAUUAAUCUGGAACAUUCCAUAGAAUAGUCCGGAGCAUCACGCCUUUAUUCUUCUCGUCCAGCUACGUUUUGGCGGGAACCAUACAUUGGCGAGAAAAGCUUUUUGGUAGGCGGUUAUAUUUUUUACACUUGCAAAUUUUUAAAUAUAAAUAUAUAAUAUUUUUUGGCGAAUUUGUUUAUAACGAGUGUUUUCCCUCUUCUCUUCAAUCACCUCAACUUACAUGCAUUUCUCUCUCGUACAAAUUAAUAUAUGAAAUGUAAUAUAUUAAUAUAAUGUGAUUUACGUGUUGGCUGCCGUCCAAGUACGGCCAUUCUUGUAACAUACUUCCUCUGUUAAUAAAGAACAGCACUGCUCCA